UAUAAGUGUCACUCUUUGAAUGGGUACUCUAGUCUCCCUACCUUGCUUACCAACUCCUCCAAAUUUAUUCCAUUUCUCUUCUCCUCUUCUUCUUUCUCUCUCUACUCUCCAGAAUCAUCCCUUCUGUGCUUCCUCUAAACUCUCCCCUUUUCACCUUUUCACUUCACUCUUCUCCAUCACAACCUCACUCUCUACACUCAGUGCUCAAUUUCUUCUGCAAUGUACUAAUUUUUCCCCUUUGUAAAACCCUAACUAUAAACCCUAAUGUACUGACAAUGUACGUUAUUGGGUAGUCUUAAUUUUGAAAUAAACACUAAUUGAUAUCAUUUUACGAGAAAAUUUAGGUUUUGCUUUGAAAAUUUCGUCAAUGUCGGGAGGUCCAAGGGUCAGAUCGACGAAUUUAACAGAAUCUGAGGAAAGAAAAGUGUUAGUGUCUGCUGGAAAUAAAACAAGAACUGUCAUUGAAGCUCGUAAACCUACGGUAAAGCUUCAGAAAAAAGUGGAUAGUUCUCCGGAGACGGAAUCUAAGAGUAAAGAAAAGAAACUAGGUCAAAUUACGCCUACAUUGUCACCGCCGAUGAGGAAUCUUAGUGCUCCGUCGAUUUUAAGGCACGGAAGUCAGCUGUUGAGGGGGAAUUUGUCGCUAAAUGCUUCGUGUUCGUCGGAUGCGUCCUCGGAUUCUUCACAUAGCCGGGCUUCUACCGGGAGGAUUAGCAGGAGUAGCGUACCGAGGAUAAGGAGGAAGCAAAUGGUUGAUUGUAAGGUUGUGGAUGAUGGGUUAGGGUUAGUGAGUGAGGUUGAUGGCACUUGUUUUAAGAAAAGAUGUGCUUGGGUUACCCCAAAUACUGAUCCAUCGUAUGCUGCUUUUCAUGAUGAAGAAUGGGGAGUCCCGAUUCACGAUGACAACAAACUGUUUGAACUGCUAAGCCUGUCUGUCGCUUUAGCUGAACUAACAUGGCCUACUAUACUAAGCAAAAGGAACAUCUUCAGGGAAGUCUUCUUGAAUUUUGAUCCAAUAUCCGUUUCUAAAUUAAAUGAGAAGAAGAUUAGUGGACCUGGAAGUCCUGGUAGCACUCUAUUAUCAGAGAUAAAACUACGCAACAUUGUUGAAAAUGCACGUCAAGUGUGCAAGAUAACUGAGGAGUUUGGAUCUUUCGACAAGUACAUAUGGAGCUUUAUAAAUCAGAAACCUAUAGUAAACAAGUUCCGAUAUCCACGUCAGGUGCCAGUGAAGACCUCAAAAGCAGACGUGAUUAGCAAGGAUCUAGUGCGAAGAGGGUUUCGAGGAGUGGGGCCCACAGUAGUCUACUCGUUUAUGCAAGCAGCUGGUUUAACAAAUGAUCAUCUCAUAAGUUGCUUUAGAUUCCAGGAAUGUACUGCAGCUGGUGAAGGUUUAGAAAAACACGAUCAGGCGAAACUCGACGAGGAGAAGCCAAUAGAUAUGGAUAAACUGGAGAUGACUAAAGCUUUGGACGAAAUGAGUUUCUGCUCGGAUUGCUAAACCUUCAAUUUUAUUGAUAAUAUCAGUGUUUCGAUUCGUAGGAAUUUGCAGACGGCAGUUUAUUGUAGAAAUGUGAAUCAUUCAGUUACCCCCUUCAAUCCAGAGUGAAUUGAAGAAAAAGGGGGCAAAUUGUUAAGUCAUGGGUUGUAAGCAAUUCUGUAAUGUGUAAUGUAUUUCAGGUAGAUUUCCUUUUUCGUGUACAGUUGCAAUGUUCGUUUAGUUAUCCUUUUGUGUACUCAUAUCAAGUGUAUUGUCCAAAUUUAUCAUCAUUCAUUACACGUAUGCCAUGCUUCAUUACUUA